AUGAAGUCGUCCAGUAGCUGCUCGGGGUUGUCUUUCAAGUCGCAAGUCCUAUAUCUCCUGGUCUUUGUGACCCGGUAUCUAGACCUUUUCUGGACGUUUACGGACUCCUUUUACCUCACCACGUUCAAGCUUCUCUUCAUCGGCUCCUCAGGCUACAUUAUCUAUCUCAUGCUCAAUGACUACAAGCCUACACAUGACCCCAAUCUCGAUACAUUCAAGGUGCAAUACCUUCUUGGAAUAAGCGCACUACUCGCCCUCCUCUUCCCCCAUGACUAUCGUCUUUCCGAGAUUCUCUGGACGUUUUCGAUCUGGCUGGAAUCGGUUGCAAUCCUGCCCCAGCUUUUCAUGCUGCAGCGGACCGGAGAAGCGGAUACUAUCACCACUCAUUACUUGUUCGCUCUGGGGCUCUACCGGGCCCUGUAUAUCCCGAAUUGGAUAUUCCGGUACUUCACCGAAACCCACUUCCAGAAGUCAUUCCAGCCCGUGCCUAUUAUUGCGGGAAUUGUCCAGACUCUACUCUACUCGGAUUUCUUCUAUAUCUACUACAACAAGGUUUUGAAAGGGAAGAAGUUCUCGCUUCCCGUUUAA